AUGGAGGUCAAUAUGGAGUACUGUCUGGCCCAGGUGGUGCAGAAAGACCUGGGGAGGAAGGUGCAGGUGGGACAGGAGCUCAUAGAUUACAUCCUGGAUAAGGACAGGUCCCAGGAUCUGGAGCAAGACCAGACAGGUCUGGACAGGAUGGUGGACAGCAUCGCUACAACCUGGGUCAACUGCUCCAACUUCAAGGUAAGAUGGGUGAAUAUGCAGUCAGAGAGCAGCUAGAUAGCUGCAUGUCAUCAUCACACAAAGAGAGGCAUAGAUACAUGAAGGGCUUCAUGAGAGUAGUUAGCUACUCGUUCUAAUAUUUCUUAAUUUCUUUUUUGAUUUGUGUGUAUUGUUAGGUAUUACUGCACUGUUAGUGCUAGGAACUCAAGCAUUUCACUACACCCACGAUAACAUCUGCAAAAUAUGUGUACGUGGCCAAUAUAAUUUUAUUUUAUUUUAUUUACAUGUCAUCAGGGGUAAAGCAACACAAACAAAUCCCAUGACUGAAACGUAAAGCUGCUAUGUGUAACUUUUUGGGCGAUCCUUCAAAAUGCACAUUGAAAUGUCAUGUUCGAUAUUUCUAUGCUUCCAGUUUUUAUGGUUCGUUUUUGCGUCUUUUACUUUCGGUUUUCUACACCAGUUUCAAACAGCUGAAAAUACAAUAUUUUUGAUUAUGGAAAAUAUAUUUCACAGCGGUUUAGAUGGUACAAUGGUUCUCUACAUUAUACUUGCUUGUUUUGUCACAAAGUGAAAUUAGGCAAACUAAUUUUAGCAACCAGGAAAUGGCGGAGCGAUUUCUGCAUGGUGCAUCUUUAAGUCGAUCUCAGAUCGAUUGUUUACCUCCCCUUUCAUAAAAAAAAAGUUAUGACCAUCAUGCUUUUGGGGAAAAAUGAUCAUUUUGUAAAUUUUGUAUUAAACUGCAAGUUUGACUAAUUCCAGUCCUUCAAAAAAAAAAAAAAUGUUUUUAUCCAUAUGACGGAAAUCCAUUGCAGUGACUGAGAACUUGAACUCCUGCAUCAUUCAUAGAGGGAGAUAUCAAAGGCACUCUGGAGAUAAAUUAAGAGUGGUGAAUGGGGAUAGUGAGAGCUCAAAGGGAUGGGUGGCUUGUUGUCAACAUUUGACCUAUGAAGAAUGUGAAUUGGAAAGCUAGAGCAAGGUGGAGAGGGAGGCUAUAUUGUGGGGCCAGACUGUCCAAUAUCCUUUAGGGGAUUUGUCCUCUGGCUGUUGUUGGGUUGGUAGACAGAGUAAACUAAUGGCAUUGAUCUUGUGUUGGCAUUCAAACAUGUUGGUUUUCAUCCAUGUUAUUCAAUAAAUCAACAGCAUAAUCCCGCUUUUCAGAUACGAAUGCAAAAAAAAGGGAUACUUCAGGAUUUUGGCAAUGAAGCUCUUUAUCUACUUCCCAGAGUCAGAUGAGCUCGUGGGUACCAUUUUUAUGUCUCCGUGUGCAGUUUGAAGGAAGUUGCUAACUAGCAUUAGCGGAUUGACCGGAAGUAUAUGGUAACUGCUAGCAUGCUAGUAGAUGCGAUAGACUUCCAGUCAUUGCGCAAACACUAGUUAGAGGUAGCUUCGAGAGCCAAUGCUAACUAGUGUUUGCGCAAUGACUAGAAGUCUAUCGCAUCUACUAGCAUGCUAGCAGUUACCAUAUACUUCCGGUCAAUCCGCUAAUGCUAGUUAGCAACUUCCUUCAAACUGCACACGGAGACAUAAAAAUGGUACCCACGAGCUCAUCUGACUCUGGGGGAGUAGAUUGCCAAAAUCCCAAAGUAUCCCUUGAAGUUUAAUGACAUGAAUCGACAAACUUGAUUAAAACAUGAAUGUAAUAUAUUAUGCGGCUGAGCUGACCCAUAAGAUAUCCGUUCCAAAGCAUAUCUUUACAGGGAUAGCAGUUCACAGUCUUUCCUCCUUGCUAAGCAUGUUUUAUAGUGCAUUAACUGGCCUAUAUACAGAACCAGUCAAAAGUUUGGACACACCUACUCAUUCCAGGGUUUUUCUUAAUUUUUUACUAUUUUCUACAUUGUAGAAAUAACACAUAUGGAAUCAUGUAGUAACUAAAAAAGUGUUAAACAAAUCAAAAUAUAUUUUAUAUUUGAGAUUCUUCAAAGUAGCCACCCUUUGCCUUGAUGACAGCUUUGCACACUCUUGGAAUUUAUUUCCUUCUUAAUGCGUUUGAGCCAAUCAGUUGUGUUGUGACAAGGAUAGCCCUAUUUGGUAAAAGACCAAGUCCAUAUUAUGGCAAGAACCGCUCAAAUAAGCAAAGAGAAACAACAGUCCAUCAUUACUUUAAGACAUGAAGAUCAGUUAAUCUGGAAAAUGUCAAGAACUUUGAAAGUUUCUUCAAGUGCAGUCGCAAAAACCAUCAAGCGCUAUGAUGAAACUGGCUCUCAUGAGGAUCGCCACAGGAAAGGAAGACCCAGAGUUACCUCUGCUGCAGCGGAUAAGUUAAUUAGAGUUAACUGCACCUCAGAUUGCAGCCCAAAUAAAUGCUUCACAGGCCUACCACUGUUGUGUCGUCGGCAAACUUAAUGAUGGUGUUGGAGUCGUGCCUGGCCAUGCAGUCAUGGGUGAACAGGGAGUACAGGAGGGGACUGAGAACGCACCCCUGAGGGGCCCCCGUGUUGAGGAUCAGCGUGGCAGAUGUGUUGUUACCUACCCUUACCACCUGGGGGCGACCCGUCAGGAAGUCCAGGAUCCAGUUGCAGAGGGAGGUGUUUAGUACCAUGGUCCUUAGCUUAGAAAAUAGUAAAAUAGUAAAAAUAAAGAAAAACCCUUGAAUGAGUAGGUGUGUCCAAACUUUUGACUGUUACUGUAAGUUGCCUAUGUAAUGUGCCUGAGACAAGCAGAAGAACAGAAUGGCAAUACGGACGUUUUACCUGAGUCCUUCCUUCCAUCUACAAGGAUCACUUUACCUGAAUACCGCACAAUGCUUUUACACUGACAUUGCACCUUAACAUAAACUUCAUUGUUUUAUUUCAACAGCAGCUAAGAUAUUCAUGUAAAAAUGUAAGAUUGAUAAUAAUUUGGAAUUCUUUCUGGGGCAUACAGGCCUAUGACCUAUCUAGCCCAAUUUGUGACUACACCAGCAGUCUGAUUCGUUAAUGCUCCUAUUCUUUCCCAUCUUUCUGUGUGGAUAUUUCCUUGCAUUGUUUAUGAAGCUGGUGAUUUAUUGUUGUGAUACGCAGCUUAUUGUAUGCUGGUACCUUUUGAGAUCUCUAGACAAAGCCAUACUUUCCCUUGCCUACAUAGUUUAAAGUGGGUCUCAGACUUUUGUCGGCCCUGUUUUGCCCCCUUGCAGUCUCUGUGUUUAGCUGCCUUUGCCCCAGGGCUCAGGCCCUCUGAGCUGGUAAACUAAACUAAGGCUAAGCGCUCCCAGGCAGUUCCCUUCGCCUGCUGUUUCUGGCACGGCUAGGAAGAUGGUCAUUAGGGCUGUGGCGGUCAUGACACUUUAUCAGUCGGUGGGCUAUCUUGCACCCAUCACGUGGAAUUUGACUGCAGUCAUGACUCGUGACCGCCGGGGCGGCAGGUAGUUUAGUGGUUAAGAGCGCUGUGCCAGUAACCGAAAGGUCGCUGGUUCUAAUCCCCGAGCCGACCAGGUGAAAAAUCAGUCGAUGUGCCCUUGAGCAAGGCACUUAACCCUAAUUGCUCCUGUAAGUCGCUCUGGAUAAGAGCGUCUGCUAAAUGACUCAAAUGUAAAUGUAAAAUGUAAUACGGUCACCAUUACAGCCCUAAUUAGGACCUGGAUGCUGUGUUGGUACAGAGAGCAAGAGGCUUUAGGCCUAAUUGGAGCUGGCCUGGUUACUGCUCAGCUGAAGGGGCUCCAUAGGGGUUCUGUGAUGACCGAGUGAGAGGGGUUCAGGGAUGGGGCUCCACAGGGCCGAAGAGGGUUGUCCACAAUCUUGUUUGUACCAAUAGGCUUCUGACCUGGAUCCUUCAGUGAUGACACUAGUGCUCCGUCACAGGUCAAAGGGCUAUGGUUCCAAAAGUCUUCCUCCUUUUCGCCACAUCAUUGUUUUAGUAACAUGUAGUAUGUUUCAGUGUGCUUCUAAAAGCUUAAUGGUGGUCGCUGGUCAAAUCAGCGUCAAAGGUCAGAUGGGGCAGUUGGCCCAUUGACAGGAAAAUUAUCCUCUGUCAGGUAGUGUAAUGAUUCUCUUCUGUGCCUCUGAAAUGCAGGCCAGGCAGUGCCUAGACCUCGGAGCGGAGCGUGCCUGGACGCAGACUGUGGCUGAUGGGCCGAGUAAUGUGGAAAGUAUUUGGAGGGAGGGACUGUGGUCUACGUGGAUUGUGAUCCUCCUUAAAACCUAGAACUAGGCCUAUAUCUGGUUCCGUCAUCACUACAGGUCUGUUGAUUGUCUUCAUUGAAUGGAAAGAGAUCAUAUGUAAUGGAAUGAACAAGUGGUCCUAUAGGCAUACCCUCCAUUCCCUAACAGAAGAAUAGUCUCUCUCCUCCUGCUAUUCUAUAUGUAGGCCAAGCCCGCCAACAUAGUAACUGUCACUGCUCUACCUAAGCUGGUAAUGGAGUGACGUGUGCGGAAUUACUGUAGUAGUAUUACUGUAGUAUUUAAUCCUUCAUUUGGCAGACUGUCCCAUUAAGACUUACAGGGAUAACAACAUAGUACCAUGUCUGUCCCCUCAGCUCACAGUGGACUUCAUCAUGAUUCGUACAUAUGCAAUGAGGACAUAUAGUCUAACAACCGAGGGAGAACUGUGAUAGUUGACAUUUCCUUUCUUGCAAUGGUUUUUCUGCUGCAGUCUUUCUUUUUAUGUCUCUUCCAUACAUGGGUGUGUCUAUUGACUCAGCAGCCUUGCCUCACUUCAACUCUUACACAUCACUAAUGUUAAUUCAUGUUGUUUAUAUUUCCCUUUCAAGAUGAUACGAUACGUAUCUAGAUACAUGGGUUCCGAUUCGAUACAGGAACGAUACGUUUUAGUUUGAAAUUAUUCGGUGCGAUUCGGUUUGAUUAGAGAACGAAUCGGUUCGAUACGAUUCGAUGCACUAAUAUUUGUGGCAUAAACACAUUCAUUUUCCAAUCUAAAUUAAAUCUGCUGUUGAUGGAGCUCAUGAGCCGGGCCUCUCUGAGCCGGGCCUCUCUGAGCCGGGCCUCUCUGAGCCGGGCCUCUCUGAGCCGUGUGUGUGUGUGUGUGUGUGUGUGUGUGUGUGUGUGUAUGAUGUAUGUUUAUGGUGUAUGUACAUGGAGGCAUCUGAGUUGAGCCAUAAGGGAGGCUAGGUAUCUACCACUAUCAGAUUAGAGGAGGCAAUGUAGCCUAUGUUUUUUGUCCCCCACUUUGGUUCUAAAAUCACUAUCACCCACUAAUUAACUUUAAUUUUUGCAGAUUAAGUGUUUGAGCUAGUAAUGUAUCAAUAUUUUUCAUUUACAAAUUAGCUAUGACAUAGCCAAUGAAUAUAUAGCACCUUUUGGAUUUCACCCCCAUCUCAAAAUCGAAUGGUUUUGACCGUUUGGAAGUUUUUAGAGUGUUCUUCUCCUCUCGCUUCGGCCAUGCAGCGCGCCCCUCAUUUAAAAAAACAUUUUAGUCAUUUAGCAGACGCUCUUAUCCAGAGCGACUUACAGUUAGUGAGUGCAUACAUUUUCAUACUGGCCCCCUGUGGGAAUCGAACCCACAACCCUGGCGUUGCAAGCGCCAUGCUCUACCAACUGAGCUACACAGGCCCUCAAAAGUGAUUGCUGUCCUCGUUAUGAAAUUAGCAACUUUACCCUGUAUAUCUAAAAAUGACCAUAUACACUGAUUGUUUAAAGCAAAACUAUUGCUGAUGGUGAACCUGAACAAUCAAAGUUAAAUUGUUAUUAAAUUAUUGUAAGCAGCGUUCAGCUUACUUUUAUUCUGGUAAAAUAUAAUUUUCAACAGCAGCCAGAACUGAACGGGCACGCAGGGCACAUGCCCCGGGGACGCCCAGAUAGCAUUUGAUAGCAAAAUGUGUAGAAUUGCAGGAAAAUAGCUUUAAAACUACAUAUUUUCUCAGCCUCAUGGCAAAAUGUGAGCAAUAGCAUGAAAUGAGAUAUCAAAAAGCACAUUUUUCUCUCAGACCCAUGGCAAAAAAUGUAGAAUUGCAGGAAAUUAGCUUAAACUGCAACAUUUUCUCUUAGCCUCAUGAUCAAAUGUGUAGAAUAUUUUCAACAGAAUGUGUAGCAAUGCAGGAAGUUAGCUGUUAAAAAAAAUUAAAAAUAACUGUCCCUCCCCCCCUUGGGGCCCCAAAUACGGUAGUCCGGCCCUGUAGAUAACAAUAUCCUAGCAAAUUACAUAAGUUGUCAUUCACCUAAUAAAGCCUAAUAUCACGCAAGCCAUUUUAUCAUUUGAAUAUGCUGAAGGUGCCGCGCAGAUGUGCAAGAUCAGGAACAGGCCGCCUACCUCGCGGUGGUCAGUGCGUGAAGCUGGGCACAGUGCACAGUUUGCCUAGGUUACUGAUAUUGCCUAGGUUAAUGACUGUCAACACAGUUACCUGCAGUUCGACACUGAACGAGAGGAUGCAUCAGUUGAACUGGCGAUUUCAUAACGUUGGAAUCGAUUUUCUGACCGAUGCAUGCUACAUUUCAAUCGGUUUGGUGUCCAAGGCCCGAUGCACUUGUAUCUUAAACAUUUGAAUCAGGGACCGAUGCAUAUCGGUGAAUCAUGACUUCCCUAAUUACCAUGUAAUUGUAGACCUAAUGAUAGUUUAAUGAUGUAGGUGUUUCUCUGCUGUUGAAAAAGAUCAAUCAUCAAAGGGAACAGGGAGCAGUAUUACACUGUCUUUAUCACAGCUAAUCCUAAGGCUUCUUCGGCAAGAUUAAACAGUGUGUGUGUCUGUUGUCUGUGCACUGUGGCCUGUCAGAACAUAGGUCUGUUUGCGGUACAGCGUAUUUAUAUUUGGCACAGUGCGUGCUGGCUCUGCUCUCCUGCUUGUCAGGCGCUGCAGUAUCCAAUGAACAAACUAAGCAUCACGUCUUCUUCAGCAAUCACCAACUGACCCUGCUAAGGCUUUUCUGCCCCGCUGCACUCCAUUAAAACACACUGAUAAUCUUCUCUACCGAUCCACACCAAACUCCUGUAUCCCUGUUUAUAUCUGCUUUGUUACCCAAAGCAGCAGCUGAUCUCUCACACAUAUUCAAUAGUUCAGGAAAAAAUACCCAUCACCAAGCUCAGCAAAAAAUAACCUGUGCUGUAGCCUUUGUCUCACAUUUUACCACUUGUAAAUCUAUGCAUGAUAGGGCUAUUGUCUGUGCCAAUCACACUGUGUAGCACACUGCAGCCCAGGGAAACCAGGUGAGCUGAGCCGUCUCUCUUGCCAAAUCAAUGACCUCACAGAAUCAGCUGUUUGAUGGGGCUUGAAGAAAUCAGUCAGGCAACACCGCCUCAAUGUCUCCACUCAGCCUCCCUACCUCUCCUACCCUCCCCAUGCCUCAAUGUAGCAGUGGAGGGUUCAGCCUGCUUAUCAUUCUCUCUCGUCUGUCUGUCUGUCUGUCUGUCUGUCUGUCUGUCCUCAGCAGGAAGCCUGUCUGUCUGUCUGUCCUCAGCAGGAAGCCUGUCUGUCUGUCCUCAGCAGGAAGUCUGUCUCUGUCUGUCUGUCUGUCUGUCUGUCUGUCUGUCUGUCUGUCUGUCUGUCUGUCUGUCUGUCUGUCUGUCUGUCUGUCUGUCUGUCUGUCUGUCUGUCUGUCUGUCUGUCUGUCCUCAGCAGGAAGCCUGUCUGUCUGUCUGUCCUCAGCAGGAAGCCUGUCUGUCUGUCUGUCCUCAGCAGGAAGUCUGUCUGUCUGUCUGUCUGUCUGUCUGUCUGUCUGUCUGUCUGUCUGUCUGUCUGUCUGUCUGUCUGUCUGUCUGUCUGUCUGUCUGUCCUCAGCAGGAAGCCUGUCUGUCUGUCUCCUCAGCAGGAAGCCUGUCUCUCUCUAGAUUUGGGCUGAAGUGUUGUCUGUGAGUCUGUCUGCACUGAGGCAUAGAGCGCUUUGACACUGAGCUAUACCAAAAUGCCUGUAUGGGAAGACUAUGGGCCCUGGUCAAAAGUAGUGCAAUAUAUAAGGAAUAGGGUGCCAUUUGUGACAAAGACCCAGGGUGUUUCUCAAUAUGCAUACUACCGUGCUCCACACACUCAUGCUCUGAGUACAUUCUCCGACCACGUUCUCUUGGGUAUGUGGAGAAUGCAUAAAACAUUACAUUUUAGAAGCACUCACACUCCCCCUACUAUAUUACCUCACGCUUCACUGAACCUUCUUCCAGCCAGGACAAUGGCAACAAUAGACGAAACAAGAUAUACACAAAGCAAACGUUUUACUUCAUAACUAUUAGCUAGCUAUAUGUGAAUCGUAAUAAUGUAGCUAACCAGAUAGUUUAACAGGCAAAAAUGACCUAAAACUAAUAUUAUGCAAGAUAGAGGUCAAUUAUUUGUGGGUAGCUAGCUAACAAUUUUUCGUGGCUAGCUAACAGUAUUAGCUAGCCAGUUAGCCGUAUUGACUUAUUAUGGGCUUGCGAUCUACGGUACGUAGGCAGGUAAACAUGCCAAAAUUAACACAGCGUGUAUUUAUUAACGUAUCAAGAUAAAAUAUUGUAGUCAGGCAACAUACUGUGAGAUGUGAAUAGGCAACAUUUCAUUCCGAAGUAGUGUAUUUUCUCUCGCUUCAGCUCAAAUAAUGUCCGCCAUUGAUUUAAAUAAAUUUUGCAUCGAUGCAUGCUUAAAAAUAUGUAUAAAUGGAUAAUGCAUUUGAGAAGUGCCCUCCUUGCUCCGUUUUCGCAUGCUUUGAUUUGGACUCAUACUCCGACCUUCCCGUGCUCCAAUUUGCGUGCUCUUUUUGUAUUGUUUAUUUCACUUUUGUUUAUUAACUAUUUCACUUGCUUUGGCAAUGUAAACAUAUGUUUCCCAUGCCAAUAAAGCCCCUUAAAUUGAAUUUACAAUUGAAUUGAGAGAGAGGCUGGCUGACUUGCUGGCUGGUGUAUUCCUGUCCUCUGGCUGGUGUAUUCAUGUGUGUCGUUCUCACUGUCUAUCUGUCCUCUGAGGAUGAUGACCAUUGGCCAGAAGAGAAGAGGACAGUGGACAAGACAAUGUAGCCAUGAUGGUGACUGGCUGAUAUAUUGCACUGCCAGACUUGGCCUUGUUGUACUGACAGAUGAUAUACAGUAUGCACGGUAAAAGUCAGGAUUAGCCAAUAGCCUAACUUGUCUUGUGUUCCCUGUGGCUACAUUAAAGGUGUAUUAGGAUUAAGUUGUCACUCUAAAGAGGCCUCCCAAAUCAUACAGACCUAGGGCAAAGUCUUCACUUGGCGCUGGUCCAACAAACCCUCAAACCAUAUUCUUUAUAUUCUGCAAACUUGUUCCUCCAUACGUUCUGCUAAUCAUGCACUGCUCCUUGUCCAAUGCAGCUUGAGAUGGUGAGAGGCAAGGAGAUCAACAUGUCCCUGGUUUGAGUGACGGGAGCAGAAAAAGUCCAUUAGGCCUCUAAGCCUUUACUAAUGCCCAGGUCUUAAUUGAACUUGUAUGAUAUGUACUGUACAGAGCAACACAGACCGAUGUGUGGCUUACUGGCGUUUUGAUACACUGUAUUAUGAUGCACUCAGUACAGCAGCAAGCCAGGCAUUUUCUUCUUGGAAACCUGACUGACUGACUGGAUGACUACCUGACUGUUGAAGUUGACUAAACUCUUGGGUUAUUCAUCUAGCACAUACUGACUACUGUGGGACAGGGACAGGGAGGACUUAGGUUCAGCUCUGAAACCUCUCUGGGGUCAUGUCAUCCCACUGAGUAGGACUUUGUGCUUGUAGAACUAAGACAAAUACAAGCCUGUGUUAAACGUUAAUCCAAAAGAUUUGCUUGUUAUGUUUUGACUAGAAAGUAGGGAGGGGAGGGGGGGGGGUCUCCUGUCCUCCUGUCCUCUGCUCUGCCUCCAGAGGGCAAGCACACACUGUCUGCCUGUCUGUCUGUAACUUCCAAGAUCUGAGCCAAGGCUCUAUUAGAAGACUGCCAUCCACCUCCAUCUCCUCCUGUGAGGUUCCUCUUAAUCCUGUCUGAGGCUAGCCUCACUAUUGCAGUCAGUGUAUUACCCUCUUUGUCCUUCUGCAUCAUAUUUAGUUUCUUUAGCUACAUAUUGUCCAUGUUCUCUGAACUGAAGUUAUUGAUCAUAGUAGGAUCUUGCUGCAGUGUGUCUGUGUGUGUCUGCAUCCAUGAUCAUGUAUGUGUGUGAGUGUGCAGUAUGUAGCAUCUGUGCGUGAGUAUGCGGUUAUCCUCCGUGCCUGUUGGUGUGCUGUGGAGCAGUUUUAAUGGAGGUGCUGCUGCGGUAGCUGUGUUUCAGGCGGCAGGUCUGUGCUGUGGUGAUGUGGCGCUACAGCGAGAGCACAGCCAGGCUGGCAGCAGGAUAGCGCCAUGAUGGGGGGGAUGACGCAUAGGAGGAGGAGGGGAUAGUAUGAGGAUAGAGAGGAGGAGGAAGGGAGGAGCUGAGGAUGGGGGGAAAAUAGGACUAGAGACUGGCUUAAUGAACCUGCUAAUGGAACACUAGAGUGUGUAUGUGUGGCUCUCUCCUCUUCUUGGCAGCAUGCCAGCUCCCUUUCUCUCUCUCUUCUUCUUUUACUGCACUCUCUUUUCCCUCUCUCUCUCUUCCCUCUCUAACCCUGUCAAGUCAUCAGCUAGGCUGAACAACCCAGACUCAUCAGCUAGGCUGAACUACCCACAGUCAUCAGCUAGGCUGAACUACCCACAGUCAUCAGCUAGGCUGAACAACCCAGAGUCAUCAGCUAGGCUGAACAACCCAGAGUCAUCAGCUAGGCUGAACAACCCAGAGUCAUCAGCUAGGCUGAACAACCCAGAGUCAUCAGCUAGGCUGAACUACCCAGAGUCAUCAGCUAGGCUGAACUACCCAGAGUCAUCAGCUAGGCUGAACAACCCAGAGUCAUCAGCUAGGCUGAACAACCCAGAGUCAUCAGCUAGGCUGAACAACCCACAGUCAUCAGCUAGACUGAACAACCCACAGUCAUCAGCUAGACUGAACUACCCAGAGUCAUCAGCUAGGCUGAACAACCCAGAGUCAUCAGCUAGGCUGAACAACCCAGAGUCAUCAGCUAGGCUGAACUACCCAGAGUCAUCAGCUAGGCUGAACUACCCAGAGUCAUCAGCUAGGCUAAACAACCCAGAGUCAUCAGCUAGGCUGAACUACCCAGAGUCAUCAGCUAGGCUGAACAACCCAGAGUCUUGA